AUGCCUGACAUUCGCUCCUUUUUCACCCCUAAAGGUGGCGCGGCCGUGGCGGCCGUGAAAGCUGAGCCAGCCAGCCAAAAGCCCGACAACAAAAGGAGAAAAGUUGGUCGUAAGGUCAUUGAAGAUAGCGAUGAUGACGAGGUCGUCGAGAAGAAACCUGCCGCAAAGUCUACACCAAAAGCGAGCAAGAAGAAGGCCGAAGAUGAUGGUUUAGAGAUAUCAACGAACGACUACUUCGCAUCGAAUGAGGCGCAGACUUCCACGCAGGCUACUCCCAAGAAACCUACCACUGCAGCAAGCAAAGCCGAUGUCCCUGUGAGAAGCAGUCCAAGAUCGAAAACGACAGUGGCAAAGACAGCAGCGCUGUCCAGCGAUAAACCGGCACCAAAACGUACCUCCAGAUCUUCGCACCAGCGCAAACAGGACGAUGACGAUGCACAUAUGGAAGACGCCGACGAAGAUGGCGAUGACAUAUUCGCUGCCGACAUAAAAGGUCGCGGCAAGGGAGACGACGACUAUGCAGAGGACUCUGAUGAAGACAUGCUUCCUCAGCCAUCGCGCGCAGCUGCCAAAGAGAAACAGACGCAGGACACCAAGCCGAGCCGUGCUGCUGCAGCGAGCAAAAAGCGAAAAACCCCGGAGCAAGACUCGGAUGAAGAAGAAGAGGAAGAGCUUCCGCGAAAGAAACCAACAGCUUCAAAACCUCGCGCGCCUCGUGCCAAGAAAGCCGACGUACCCGAAGACGCUGCAAUCCAAGACAUUCUUGACAGUGUUGCCACUGUUCGGCCCCCGACACCGCCACCAAAGGACCCCAAUACCAAGUUUGAUUGGCGCAAAGCUGCCGGAGGUGGAAAUGCGACUGUCCAGCCUGUUGGUAGUGCGGACAUUCCCGAAGGCGAAGAAGAAUGCUUGAGCGGUCUCUCUUUUGUAUUCACCGGAGUCUUGAGCACAAUUGGUCGUGACGAAGGCCAGGCACUCGUGAAGCGUUAUGGCGGAAAAGUGACUGGCCAGCCCAGCAGCAAAACUAGCUUCGUCGUGCUGGGCGAUGAUGCUGGUCCAAGCAAACUGGCCAAAAUUAAAUCAUUCGGCAUCAGAACUAUUGAUGAAAACGGCUUGUUCGAUCUCAUCCGCAAGCUUCCUGCCCAUGGAGGAACUGGCAAAGGAGCGCAGAAAGCUCAAGAGAAGAAGAAAGCUGACGAGGAAAAGAUCAAGCAACAAAUUGCCGAAAUGGAGGCCGAAGAGAAGGCCAAGAGAGCUGCUGAGACAAAGGCCGCCAAACUCGCAGCCAGCGUGUCGGGUGCAGCUCGCCCUCCGCCGCCUUCUAAUGUCCCUACACAGUUACUUACCUCAAAGUAUGCUCCUACUCAACUCAAUCACAUCUGCGGCAACAAAGGCCAAGUCGAAAAAAUCCAAGCCUGGCUGCGAAACUGGCCCAAGGCCAAGAAAUACAACUUCCAGAAACGCGGUGCUGAUGGUUUGGGCGGUGAGCGAGCAAUCAUCAUUUCCGGCCCUCCUGGUAUUGGCAAAACGACAGCGGCUCAUUUGGCUGCUAGGCUGGAAGGCUAUGACGUUCUGGAAAGCAACGCCAGUGACGCUCGUAGCAAGAGACUGGUUGAAGCAGGCGUCAGCGACGUCAUGAAUAAUACUUCGCUACUUGGCUUUUUUGCAGGGGACGGCAAAAGUGUGGAUACCACGAAGAAGAAGAUGGUCCUCAUCAUGGACGAGGUGGAUGGCAUGUCUGGCGGCGACAGAGGAGGUGUUGGCGCAAUGGCCAAGUUCUGCAAAAAGACUGAAGUCCCCUUGAUUCUCAUUUGCAACGAGCGACGUCUGCCAAAAAUGAAGCCUUUCGACCACGUUGCAUUCGACAUACGAUUCAACAGGCCGACUGUUGACCAAGUUAGAUCGCGCAUUAUGACCAUCUGCCACCGCGAAGGCUUGAAACUGCCACCGCCUGUUGUCGAUGCCUUGAUCGAAGGCAGCAAUAAAGACAUCAGACAGAUUAUCAACAUGAUUUCGACAGCGAAGCUGGAUCAGACAAGCUUGAACUACGACCAGGGCAAAGCCAUGACCAAAGCUUGGGAAAAGCACGUUGUUCUCAAGCCAUGGGAUAUCUGCCAGAAGAUGUUGGGUGGUGGACUCUUUGCACCAGCUAGCAAGGCCACACUAAACGACAAAAUUGAGCUAUACUUUAAUGAUCAUGAGUUCAGCUUCCUCAUGAUCCAGGAGAACUACCUCCGUUGCAAGCCAAUGGCGCUCAACGGCAAGGGCUAUAAUAAGCGAGAAGAAAAGCUCAAGGCACUGGAGCUGUUUGAUCAGGCUGCUCAAAGCAUUAGCGACGGCGACUUGGUGGAUAGAAUGAUCCAUGGCCCGCAGCAGCAAUGGAGUCUGAUGCCGACGCACGCCAUAUUCAGUACUGUCCGUCCUGCAAGCUUCAUCGCAGGUCAGCUCAUGGGCUCCAACUUUACCUCGUAUCUUGGGAACCUCAGCAAGACCGGGAAGCUCGGAAGGUUUAUCCGCGAAAUUCAUUCCCACAUGCGCCUGAAGAGCUCCGGCGAUCACAACGAAAUUCGACAGCAAUACAUGCCAGUCCUGUGGAAGCAGCUCAUCGACAAGCUUCAGGUCGAAGGCCCAGAGUCCGUGUCGGAGGUUAUCGAUUUGAUGGACGCAUACUAUCUGACACGUGAAGACUUUGAUGCUAUUCAGGAGCUUGGUGUAGGGCCAAUGGAUGAAAGCAAUGUCAAGAUCGAGUCCAAGGCCAAGGCGGCCUUCACACGAACGUACAACGCCAUGAGCCAUCCGGUACCGUUCAUGAAAGCUAGCACAAAUGUGGUAGCGCCGAAGAAGUCAGCUCAAGACGUGCCAGAUCUGGAAGAAGCAAUCGAGGAAGAAGACGACGCGGAGGUGAUAGAAGCACCUGCUCAGGAUGACGACGAGAUCGAUUUCAAGAAAGACAAGUACAUCAAGAAGCCCAAGGCAAAGAAGGCGACCAAGAAAUCAAAAGCAAAGGCGGACGACGAAGAUGAAGAUGAGAAGCCAAAGCCAAAAUCGAAGGCCAAGGCCAAGGCUAAGAAAUAG